AUGGCUUUUAUCGGUAAAAGCAGCCGCAUUGGCGAGUUUAGCAUUGUCGGGGAGGAUGUAUUCAUUGGAGACAGCACCACAAUCGGCGCCAAUGUGACGCUGCAGAACUGCACGAUUGGAAACCAUGUGGUCGUUCAUCCGGGAGUUCGAAUCGGCCAGGACGGAUUCGGAUUCAUGCUAGAUACUAGUGGCAAGCACGCCAAGAAGCCCCAGGAGCUGCGGGUGGAGAUCCACGAUCACGUCGAGAUCGGUGCAAACUCAACGGUUGACCGAGGAAGUUGGCGCAACACGGUGGUCGGCAAAGGCUGCAAACUCGACAACCUGAUCCAAAUUGGUCACAACGUGCAGCUUGGAACGGGCUGCGUCAUCGCAGCGCAGACGGGCAUUGCCGGCAGUACAACGCUGGGCAACAACGUGCACAUUGGCGGACAGGUGGGCGUGGCGCAGCAUUUGAAGAUUGGAGACAACGUCCGGAUCGCUGCAAAGAGCGGCGUCAUGAAUGACCUCGAGCCGAAUGCCACUUAUGGUGGAAGUCCAGCGGUUCCGAUCAUGGAGUAUCGCCGUCAAAUGGCGCAUUUGAGGCGUCUCGGCAAAAAGAUUGCGGACUGA